AUGGCAUCUACAUCUCCUUCCCCAAAUUCUCCGCCCGUUGCUGUUCCACGACCUUCUAACUCUCCACCACCGCAGUCUUCCUCUCCGCUUCCCGAUCCACUAAAUUCAUCACCAUCUGGUCCUCCAGAAGCACCACCAUCUCAGCCCAAUUUAACUACAUCCACUCCCUCUCCAAUUGCAUCUCCACCACCUCAAUCACCUCUAACUGCAACUCUUCCUUUCUCACCAGCAUCCCCUCCUUCCAUGGCUUCCCCACCAGCUACUACAUCUCCCCCUCCUCAGCCUACACCUGCUCCACCUCCUCCUGCCAAUUUAUCACCUCCAUCUUCCAGUCCUCCUCCAACAACACCUUCUGAUCCGCCUGCAAGGCCUCCUCCACCUCCUUCUAAUCCGCCAGCUAGCUCGCCACCACCUCCUCCUCCUAAUCCACCAGCUACCUCACCACCUCCACCAUCUGAUCCUCGUACUAGUUCACCACCACCUCCAUCAACAGAUCCACCAUUGAAUUCACCUCCCCCUCCACCACCUAAACCCCCUACAAGCCCCCCUCCACUUGUGCCUGAGCCGCCAAAACUUGCUCCACCACCACCAACCACAAAGCCCCCAGAAAGAUCACCUCCACCUCCACCUCCCAGGCCACCUGAGAAUUCACCACCCCCACCAACAUCCAAGCCACCUGAAAAUUCCCCUUCACAUCCAGCUGCUAAACCACCCCAAAAUUCACCUCCACCUCCGGUAUCAAGCCCUCCAGAAAGUCCACCCCCUCCAACUCUGACUCCUCCACCCACGUCUCCACCAUCUUUGAAUUCUCCUCCUAGAUCACCACCACCACCACCACCAUCACCUGUAAACCAAAUGUCACCACCUCCUUCGGCCCCUGUGUCAUCACCACCCCUGUCUCCUCCUUCAUCUUCCCUAGUUCCAUCGGGUAGUACGAAAACCAAUAACUCCAUUGCUAAUGUUCCACCAAGUUCACCACCCACAGGUGGAGGAGGCAUUAGUACCGGAGGCACAUUAGCAAUUGGUUUAGUACUUGGCCUUUUGUUGCUUAGUAUCGCUGGAACAGCAGCAUGGUGCAUAUGGAAGCGAAAGAAAAAGGUUUCUGGACUUGAUGGUGGUUAUGUUAUGCCAAAUUCUCUAGGCUCUUCCCCAAAAUCAGACGCUGCCUUAUUGAAGGUACACAUAUCAGCAUCCAACUACGGAAGUGGCUCUGUCCAUGAUUCCGUCUAUUCAUCACAUGACCCUGGUGGCUUAGGAAAUUCAAGGUCAUGGUUCACCUAUGACGAACUAGUCAACGCCACUAAUGGAUUUUCAGUACAUAAUCUCUUAGGCGAAGGAGGAUUUGGUUCUGUGUACAAAGGAAUCCUAGCAGAUGGUACAGAGAUAGCAGUCAAGCAGUUAAAGGUUGGUGGACAGCAGGGGGAGCGAGAAUUCAGAUCUGAAGUUGAGAUAAUUAGUCGCAUACACCAUAGACAUUUGGUUUCACUCGUAGGUUAUUGCAUUUCCGAGAACAGAAGGCUGCUUGUGUAUGACUAUGUCGCUAAUGAUACCCUCUACUUCCAUCUUCACGGUAAAAGUAGGCCUGUUAUGGAUUGGGCAACUCGUGUAAAAAUAGCUAUUGGUGCAGCUCGUGGAAUAGCUUAUCUUCAUGAAGACUGCCAUCCCCGUAUUAUCCAUAGGGAUAUCAAGUCUUCAAACAUUCUUCUAGAUAACAACUUCGAAGCUCGGGUUUCUGAUUUUGGACUUGCUAAAUUAGCUAUUGAUGCAAAUUCACAUAUUACCACACGUGUUAUGGGAACCUUUGGAUACAUGGCUCCUGAGUAUGCAUCAAGUGGUAAGCUGACAGAAAAGUCCGACGUGUUUUCUUUCGGGGUUGUGCUUUUGGAGCUUAUUACUGGACGUAAGCCUGUGGAUACAUCUCAACCCCUAGGUGAUGAGAGCCUUGUUGAGUGGGCUCGACCUCUUCUUAGUCAUGCACUUGAUACUGAAGAAUUUGAGGGGUUAGCAGAUCCUAGACUUGAAAGAAAUUACGUCGACAGUGAAAUGUUUCGACUUAUUGAGGUCGCUGCUGCUUGUAUUCGUCAUUCAUCUGCAAAGAGACCAAAGAUGGGACAGGUUGUGAGGGCUUUCGACAGUAUGGCUACCUCAGAUUUGACUAAUGGAAUGAGAGUCGGGGAAAGUGAAAUAUUUAACUCCGCGCAGCAAUCUGAAGAAAUAAGAUUAUUCCAGAGGUUGGCAUUUGGUAGUCAAAAUUACAGUACAGAUUUUUUAAAUCAAAACAGCUGCAGCAGUAGUUCAGAACCUGGUAAAUAUUAUUAG